AUUAUUGUCUUCGUUGGAUUGCUUUUCUCCGCCAAAAAUCAAUCUCCAGAAGGGAGGCAGAGAAAAUGGUUUCGUUGAAGCUCCAGAAACGGCUCGCAGCUUCAGUGCUGAAGUGCGGAAAGAAGAAAAUAUGGCUCGAUCCCAACGAAGGGAGUGAUAUCUCCAUGGCCAAUUCGCGCCAAAACAUCAGGAAGCUUGUGAAGGAUGGGUUCAUCAUCAGGAAGCCAACAAAGAUUCACUCACGUUCCAGAGCACGCCGGAUGAAUAUAGCCAAGAGAAAGGGACGUCACUCUGGUUAUGGUAAGCGAAAGGGUACCAGGGAGGCAAGGUUGCCAACAAAGGUACUGUGGAUGAGGAGGAUGAGGGUCUUGAGGCGUCUUCUGAAGAAGUAUAGGGAGUCGAAGAAGAUUGACAGACACAUGUACCAUGACAUGUACAUGAAAGUCAAGGGUAAUGUCUUCAAGAACAAGCGUGUCCUGAUGGAGAGCAUCCACAAGUCUAAGGCUGAGAAGGCUAGAGAGAAGACUCUGUCUGACCAGUUUGAGGCUAAGAGGGCUAAGAACAAGGCUAGCCGAGAAAGGAAACAUGCUCGUAGAGAGGAAAGACUUGCCAAGGGUCCUGGAGGAGACAUACCUGCCGCCGCACCACCUGCGCAGCCCGCAGAGGUCCCAGCGAAAAAGUCUAAGAAGGGAGCAAAAUGAACUUUGUUUCGAUAGUGAAUUUUCGUUUAGCAGUGAUUUUGCAUGGUUUUUGUGAUUCAUCUUUGUCAAAACACUUUCUUUGCGACAAAUAUGAGAACCUUUUCAGUAGACUUAAUUUCUCGUCUUCAAUUCAUUUUUUCUUUUUCAAUCA